AUGGAAGAAGAAACAAAAAAAUUAGAUGAAUCCAAAAUAACAAAGGUACUUACCGGUAUACCGGAACAAUACCACAAGACAACAUUUGAGGCUAGAAGAACUGCUUUGGAUUAUAUGAGAUCCUCUAAUAGAAGAGAACUUUUAAAUCAAAUCGAAAAUUGGUUAGAUGAAGUUAAUGUUGAAACAGAUAAUAUAGUUGAUGUAUACUUUCAAGGUUUUAAUAAAUCAAUUCAUAACUAUUCAAGAAUUUUAGAAUUUAUGGGAUCAUCACAUUCAAAUGCGAUUCAUAUGAGUAAAGAAGUUGAAGAAAUCAAUAAACUUAUUCACUUUAAUAACACAGGUAUCGAUAAAUUGUGGAGAAGAAAUUUAGAAUACUAUUAUAUGGUCGAAAUUUUAGAAAAAAUGGAGGAAUUAAAAAAAGUACCAGAAUUAUUAGAUAGUUAUAUCCAUGGAAAUCAUUAUGUUCAUGCUGCAAAUAUUUUAGUCAAUUCAUUAGAUGCAUUAAACGAAAGAGAUUUAAUUAAUGUCAAUGCUUUAACAGAUCUCAGACAAAUGUUAACCGAAAGAAAGGAAUCAUUCAAAGAUAUGUUGGUAGAAAAGCUAAAUGAUCAUAUUUAUUUAAAAACACCUCAAUCAUUAAAAGCAUUCGAAAAUGAUGAAGAUACUUUGCAAUCAAACUUUAAAAAAUUAUUAUUAUCAAAUAAGCAAAAUAAUGAUACAAGUUUAAGUAAUAAACCAUCAAUAACUACACCAACUAAACCAACCAACCAUUUAAAUCCAAAAAAUGCAGAGAAAGCAGAGAAAGAAGCAGCACUUCAAUAUAAUCUUGAAAGAUUAAACCAUUUAAACCAACCACAGGUAUUAAAACUUGAAGAAAUAUCAAAAUCAUCAAAUUCAAAAGAAGAUUUAAAUAUUAACCCAGAAACAGAUGGCAAAUUAUUCAUGACAUUAUUAGUAGAGGCAUUGAAUGUUUUAGAUUAUCUUCAACCUGCUGUUGGUUUGAUUUUAGGUAGAAUUUCGAUUGAAUUAAAGUCAAUUAUUUCAACAAGCUCAUCGAAUGUCACAAAUGUUUAUCACAGCGAAGGAAGAGUCAUCCCCAAAAUGCCAGGUGAAUCAACAUCAUCCUCUCCAUCACACUCUAUUAUUUCAACAAGUCCAAAUAAUAAAAAUAAUGGUGGAAUGAGCAGUCCAAUGAACGGCAGUUCAAAUAGUAUUUCAUAUUCAAAUAGUAAUAGUGAUGAGUCAUAUUUAGCAAUAUUCGGAUUCUUAACAGAUACACUCAAUCGUAAUGAUGUUUUAGCAAGUCAAUACUUCAAUAUUCCUUUAGUAGAUUUAUUAAAGAUGAUCUUUACUAAAGUAAAUAUGGUAUUCAAGAAUCAUUUACAACUUAGCAAAAUUUUUAAUGAAGCAAUUAGAAAAUCCGAAUUAAAAAUUAUAUCAAAUAAAUUUAAUGAAAGCGAUGAUGAAGAUGAAAACAAGAAAAAUAAAGAACACAACGACAAUGAACUUUUAAGUGAUGGCGAAGAAAUGACACCAAAACAAAAUCAAUCAACACCAUCAAAACAUUCAAAACAAUCAGAAUCAAUUAAUCUGCUCGAAAUUUAUGAUGCCUCAUUGGUUUGGGAAAUUAUUCAAAAAGAAGUUAGAGAAAUGCUUAGAAUUCAUUUACAAGAUACAUCAAGCUUAUUAUUAAGUAUAAAUACCAACACCAAUAUUAACAACGAUAACAAUGCCAAAACAACUCAAAGAUUAUUCAGUUUUACAAACUCAAUUGUUACUGAUAAUUGGAAUGGCUCAACCAGUCCAAUGAUAUCUCCAAUUAGUGAAAAUGGUCAAAGCGCUGCUGUUGGUAUAACUAUAUUUAAAGCAUCACAAUACAAUGUUACACCAGUUUAUCCAAUGAUUGUCAAAUUUACUGAUCAUUUAGAUAAAAUUUUAAAAGAAAGAAAUAAAAAACAAAUUACAAUAACCAAUACAUCUAACAAUCCAUUUGCAGGAAGUAAAAAAGGUUUAUUAAGACUUUAUAUUGAUGAUUUCGUACAUAGAAAUUUCUUACAACAUAUUAAAAACGAUUAUAGAGAAAGAAUUACAGCAUCAAUUGAAGGUACCGAGGCAUUCAAAACAAUAGUAAAACACAAAUUUGAAUUUAAACUUAAAGAAACUAAACCAAUUUUAAAGGGUACAGCACAAAUUUUCCAAUUUAUAAUCGAAUUGUUUUCAGAUAUUGCCGCAAUGAGUCAUUAUGUAAUGGAGUUUGGUGCAAUUAUACAAACCUCACUAUUAACCUAUUAUGAAAAAUGUUUAAAUAAAUUUGAGCAAGAAAUCGAACCUACUUUAACUGGACAAUUAAUGAAGACCGAUUUAUUUAAAUAUUUAAUAACAUCAUUAGCAGUAUCAUCAAAGAAAACUGAAGUUGCUAAAUUUCAAGAUUCUAGAGAAGAGGAAUACGAGUUUAAAAUCGAAUCUGAACUAUUCCAAAAUCCAGAGAAACCAGUUAGAAGUAAUCAAUUAAUUUUAAGCUAUGAAAAAUUACAAUUAUUUGCAAAUAUCUCUUAUAGUUUAAAUUGGUUAGCUGAAAAACUUUCACAAUUAUUAAUUGUUCAAGAUGCUCAACAAGAAAAACAACAAAUUUUACAACAGCAACAACAACAGCAACAGCAACAACAAAACCAAACUGAUAUUUAUGGUUCAUAUAGCGAUAAACAAAAAAAUUCAAAUAAUUCAAAUAAUUUAUUAAAAACACCAAAAUCUAAAGGUAGUGGUUCCUCAUCAUCCUCAUCCUCCAAUGCAUUUGCUACUGGUAGUUCAUUUGGGUUUAAUAGUUAUCAUCAAUUAACUAGCGAAGCUAUUGAUGCAUUAAAAACAAUGGAAGAUUCAAUUAAAGAUAUUAUUGAUCGUUUCAAAGAAUUAUCGCGUCGUUGUUUAAUCGCCCUUCGUAUCGAAUACCGUAUUCAUUGUUUCUACUUUUUAGAAGGUUUUAAACGUACUCAAUACGUUUGUGAAGAAGAAAGAACUGACCCAGAUUCAUUCAUCGUUGAAUUAAAUCGUGACCUUAUGAAAAAUGAAGAGUCAAUGUCUGGAAGUUUACCCAGCGACAAGUGUAAUUUCCUCUUUAGUGGUAUAGCUAAACUCAUUGGUAAACUAUUAAUCGCUAGACUAUCUCAUAUCCGUUCGAUCAAUGGCAAUGGUAUUGCUAAACUUUGUAAAAAUGUUUUCACUCUUCAACAAAAUCUUUCAAAUAUCAUUGUUAAAAGAGAAAUCUUUUUUGACCGUGUUCGUCAGUUUUAUCAAGCCCUUAGUGUCGAAGAAGAUUUGUUAAAUUAUCUUUUAGAAAAAUUAAAUCAACCAUUCUUUUCACUAGAAGAAGGUAAAAUAAUUAUUGACUUUUUAACAAACACUAAAAUUAUUUCACCAAACUCUCUAUUAACAAUAGAACACAAAUUUAAAAAUAUGUAA